CUGGUCCUGACGGGCCAUGUGGUACAACUGCCACCGCUGGUAAGAGACGCUGUCACACAAAGGUGUCUCGUUGAACCCAUCUCAACUGCAGCUGAGGGCGUAUUGGAUACCUGGGAGUGAGGAGAAGCAGGCUCUCCCAGGGUGGGACCCUGGAUCAAGUCAGCCCUGAAGGCUGCUCCACGUCCAGCUGCUUGUUACGAAGGACCAGCCCCAGGGAUCUCUGCAUCAAGGAAGUAAAGGCUUCAAAACGCCUGCGAUGAAGAGGAAAACGAUGAUUAGGAAAAUGCACUGAAGGAUGCUGCCCAAGGAGACCAUCGUCUGAGACCCCAUUAUGCAGGCCUUCCCGCAAGGGCCCGGCACCUGGACAAGGUGAAAGCAGAGUAUGCUCGGCUUAAACACACCCUCACCAUAGUGACCAGAGAACGCGAUUUGGCCGUGAAGGAGAAACACCAGCUCCAAGCCAAGCUGGAGAACCUAGAACAGGUCCUAAAGCACAUGCGAGAGGCCGCGGAACGGCGGCAGCAGCUGGAGUUGGAGCAUGAACAAGCCCUGGCCGUCCUCAACGCCAAGCAGCAGGAAAUCGACCUCCUGCAGAAGGCUCAGGUUGAAGCUAAGAAAGAACAUGAAGGUGCGGUGCAGCUGCUAGAGUGCAAGGUGCGGGAGCUGGAGGAGAAGUGCCGGGCGCAGAGUGAGCAGUUCAGCCUGCUGUCCCGGGACCUGGAGCGGUUCCGGCAGCACGCCGGCAAGAUCGACCUGCUGGGCGGCAGCUCCGUGGCCUCCCUGGAUGUCCCCUCGUCCCCCGGCAAGCCUUUCCCGAGGUUCAUGAACGGACUGGCUCCCUGCAUCAGCAAAGGUCAGGAGAGCUCCGUUGGAAGCCGCACUGUGAUUGGGGAACAUAUCCGGCCCCUCCCACUCACGGGUGACAAGCCAGAGCCUCUGUCUGUCAAGCCCACCUUUCUGUCAAGAUCCGGCAGCCCAAGAUGCAGAUUUGAAUCAGACAUGGAUAAUGAACGGGAUUCCAACACCGCCAAGCAGAGGCACUCGGGCAAGGUCCACUUGUGUGUCGCCCGCUAUAGUUACAACCCCUUCGAUGGGCCAAAUGAGAACCCAGAAGCUGAGCUGCCCCUCACGGCGGGGAAGUACCUCUACAUCUAUGGAGAUAUGGACGAGGAUGGCUUCUACGAAGGCGAGCUCCUGGACGGGCAACGGGGCCUGGUGCCCUCCAACUUUGUGGAUUUCGUCCAGGACAACGGGUCUCGACUAGCAAGCACGCUGGCGAACGACCAGGAUCAGAACUUCAUCAACCACGCCGGCGUCGGCUCGGAGGGGGAGAACAUCCUGGAUCUCCACUCCCCGACGCACACGGACUCUGGCCUCGCUGACCACGGGGCGGCGACGCUGGACGUGAACAUCGACGACAUCGGAGAAGACAUCGUGCCUUACCCUCGGAAAAUCACCCUCAUCAAACAACUUGCCAAAAGUGUCAUUGUGGGCUGGGAGCCCCCGGUGGUGCCCCCGGGCUUGGGGACCGUGAGCAGCUACAACGUGCUGGUGGACGCGGAGACGCGCCUGAGCCUGGCGCUGGGUGGCAGGACCAAGGCCCUGGUGGAGAAGCUGAACAUGGCAGCCUGCACCUACCGCAUCUCCGUGCAGUGCGUCUCGAGCCGGGGCAGCUCCGACGAGCUGCGGUGCACGCUGCUGGUGGGCAAGGACGUGGUGGUGGCGCCCUCCCACCUGCGCGUGGACAACAUCACGCAGAUCUCUGCCCAGCUCUCCUGGGUGCCCACCAACAGCAACUACAGCCACGUCAUCUUCCUCAACGAGCAGGAGCUGGAUGUCGUCAGGGCCGCCAGGUACAAGUACCAGUUCUGCAACCUCAGGCCCAACAUGACUUACAAGGUGAAGGUCCUGGCCAAGCCCCACCAGAUGCCCUGGCAGCUGCCCCUGGAGCAGAGGGAGAGGAAGGAGGCCUUCGUGGAGUUCUCCACGCUGCCCGCAGGUCCUCCGGCCCCCCCACAAGACAUUGCUGUCCAAGCUGGGGCCACCCCAGCCACCGUCCAGGUCUCCUGGAAGCCGCCUGCUCUGACGGCCACCGGGUUGUCCAAUGGAGCCAAUGUCACCGGCUACGGCGUGUAUGCAAAAGGGCAGAGGGUGGCUGAGAUCAUCUCCCCCACGGCGGACGGCACAGCUGUGGAGCUGGUGCGGCUGCGCAGCCUGGGAGCCAAGGGUGUGACCGUGCGGACCCUCUCUGCCCAGGGCGAGUCCAUAGACUCUGCUGUUGCUGCCGUUCCCCCUGAGCUCCUGGUGCCUCCAACCCCCCACCCAAGAACUGCUCCCACACCGAAGCUCUUAGCAAGUGCCGGAGCCCCCGAAACCAAAGAUGAACACCUGGGUCCCCACGCCGCGGUGGAUGAGGCCUGGGACCAUGGCCGGGCACCCGCCCCGGUCCACGGGCACCUGCUGGAGCCGCCUGGCCUGCAGGGCUCGGGCCCUGGGCGGCGGUCGCCCUCGCCCAGCCGCAUCCUCCCGCAGCCACAGGGCACCCCGGUCUCCACCUCUGUCGCCAAGGCCAUGGCCCGGGAAGCCGCACAGAGGAUGGCCGAGACCAGCAGGUUAGAGAAAAGGAGCAUCUUCCUGGAGAGGAGCAGCGGGCAGUACGCAAACUCGGACGAGGAGGACAGCUACGAGUCUCCCGACAUCAAGAGGAGGGGGGCAUCGGUGGACGAGUUCCUGAAAGGCUCGGAGCUGGGCAAGCCGCCGCACUGUUGCCACGGAGAUGAGUACCACACGGAGAGCAGCCGGGGGUCUGACCUCUCGGACAUCAUGGAGGAGGAUGAGGAGGAGCUCUAUUCCGAGAUGCAGCUGGAGGAUGGGGGCCGGAGGCGGCCCAGCGGCACGUCCCACAAUGCCCUGAAGGAGUGCUCUAAGAAUAGGACCACUGAACGCGCUUUCUUGGAGCUGCCCGAGUAUCCCCAACAGACCCACCACAGUAAGAAACUUUUCAGUAUCCCCGAAGUAGCCGAGGAGGACGGAGAGCCCUGUGAGUUCUUGUACAAGCAGGGCUUAGGUGCCUCCUCCAGGGCCAGGACCAGGCUGGCCAGAGAGCCCAGGCCUGCCAGGCCCUGCAGGGGCCAUGAGGCCCUGCACGGCUCCUGGUUCCCUGCAAAAGCCAGGGGCCCCCAGGCCGAGGACUUCGUAUUCGAAGACAGAGGCUGUCGGUUCAGCCGCUCGGCCACCAGAAGCCCGGACAGCGGCCUGGACUGUGGGAGUGAAGAGGAGGAGAUGCGAUUUAGUUUCAGAAGUCCCGCUGGCCAGUGCAGCCCCGGCCCCGGGCACUGUCCCUGCAGGAGGAGCCUGAGGCCCCUGUUGGCCCGGCGCCGGACCCUGACCCGGCAGAGCAGCAUUGAAGAAGAUUUUGGGGAGCCAGUGGAGCCUGGAGACAUCGUCCGGAGCGAUGAAGCCCACCCAAGCCCAGAGAGGUCCACCCCCAGCAAGUACGGCUGGGACGAGCCCGCGGGCCACGAGGAUUUCCGGGAUGUCUGGAAGAAAAGCAUAAAAAUGCCCGACAGUAGGGCCAGUGCCCGACUCGCCCAGCCUCCUCCCCGGGUUACAGACGGUCCUUUGAUUUUAGGAAAUCCAGUGACUGCCGGACGGGCUGAUCGGGCGGAUCACGUGGGCCGGAGGUUUUACCACGGUGGUACUGGCCCCCGCAGGUCCCGGGCAAUGAUGGUCCCAUCUGCUGAUGAGUACGGUGGGCGGGACCGGCUUUCUCCAGACUUCUACGAAGAGUCAGAGACAGACCCUGGGACAGAAGAGCUCCCAGCCCGGAUCUUUGUGGCUCUUUUUGACUACGACCCCCUCACCAUGUCCCCGAACCCAGAUGCUGCGGAGGAGGAACUUCCCUUUAAAGAAGGGCAGAUCAUCAAGGUUUACGGUGAUAAAGAUGCUGAUGGAUUCUACCGUGGGGAAACCUGUGCCCGGCUUGGCCUUAUUCCUUGUAACAUGGUCUCUGAAAUCCAGGCAGACGAUGAGGAGAUGAUGGACCAGCUUCUCAGGCAAGGCUUCCUCCCUCUGAACACACCUGUGGAGAAAAUAGAGAGAAACAGAAGAAGUGGCAGGCAGCACUCGGCAUCAACGCGGAGGAUGGUGGCCCUGUAUGACUACGACCCAAGGGAGAGCUCGCCCAACAUCGAUGUCGAGGCUGAGCUUACAUUUUGCACGGGAGAUAUUAUUACUGUUUUUGGUGAAAUUGAUGAAGAUGGAUUUUUUUAUGGGGAGCUUAAUGGGCACAAAGGCCUUGUACCCUCCAACUUCCUAGAAGAAGUGCCUGAUGACGUGGAAGUCUAUCUUUCUGACGUGCCGUCCCACUACCCGCAGGACAUGCCCAUGCGCUCCAAGACGAAAAGGGUUCCUCCUGAGGGUUCAGGUACAGCAAGGAGAGCGCCAUCCCCCACAGUCCAUCUCCAUUCGGGGUCACCUACGUCAUCUGUGGGUACUGGUAGUCCUGGGAGAGGCAGGGAAAUGUCCUCGAAAAAGAAAAAGGGGCUGCUUUCCAAAGGCAAGAAACUGCUGAAAAAGCUGGGUGCAGUGAAAUGAUUCAUGUGCUUCUGGACAACUUCCAAACCUAUGUAAUUUUCUUUAAUUCCAAACUAGGGCUUUCAUGACUCAAGUACUUCCUAAAAAAACCAAUCUUCUCCCCUGACACCAGUAGAGAAAUGCUCUUUGCACUACCAUCCACUUUAAACCCAGCGCCAGGACAAAGAGCUGCUGGUGCUCCCGCUGGCCUCCGUGCCCAGCACUCUUAUUAUUGCCCGGGCUCUGGCGGGAGCUGGGCUGUCUCCUGAACAUGCAGGGGGGCCAGUAGCUCUUUGUAGCUCACUCCCCACUUGGGAUUCCACUCUCUGUGCAUUUGUCAUCUGCCCUUAAAGGAAUGAUUUCAGCCUCUCUCCCUUUUCAAAAUGCUUGCCUCAUAACGCGUAACUCUCACUCUGGUCUUGAAACUCCUAGUUUAAUCGCCUUGAUGUUCUGCCUUAUAAAUGCACAAUGAUUUGUACUGUCGAAUAAAAACUGCAGUGUACACUUCGUGUGUGUUGUGCAUUCAGUGCUUUUCAUCCUCACAGACACAGUGGUUUGAGAUCAAGUUGCACAGGCUGUGCAAUUACAAGAUCCUGGUUUUUCGUCUUUCGAAGCAAGCCAGGCAACACACAGGAAAUGUUUACUUAUUCAGAUCUUUCAAAAAAGAGGAGAGGAAGUAACUUUGGUAGAGUACCACUACUCCAACCUGCCAGAAAGUGGGUAAUAGUCAUUGCUUUCAGUGUUACGUUUUGUGGCAUAUGGAUUUACGUUACUUUAUUUGUCAAAAUGCCAUACACAAUAGCCAACAGUGAACAGCACACAGGAAAAGCAAUCCCCGUAAUGCAUAAGCCACACCAAAAACAUCCUAAAUUUAAGUCUGUUCAAAAUGAUUCCAUACCAAUCUUCACCAUUGGCACUUGAGCAAAAAAGAUUUACAAAGUUGCUGGCAGAUGUAUUUGAUGGUUACUAUUUUGUAAUUCUUGUCCACUUGUAAAUUGUUUUUACUCUUUAUACAUACUUUUCAGACUGCCUUUCUUUUGUAAUUUAUGGAAGGUUUAUAAAUGAAUGACAAAGCUUUCCCCAUUGUGUCUUCAAAAACUAUAUUGUAAAUUGUAAUUUAAUAGUAUGUGGUAGGUUUAUUAAAAGGAAAUUGCUCCAUGUGUGGUUAAGUUCUGUGUGGGUGUGUGCAUGUGUACAGCUAGUGUAAAAUAUUUUAUAGAAAUAAAAUUUGUUAUU